CGGGUUUUGGCUAUGACGUUUCAACCCUGUCAGACAAUGUGGAUGAAGAUUUGUGUUAUUGACUAAGUAAAGAUCCGAGCAGAUCAACCGGGAUGUCUGAGGUUCCUAGUUCCGCCGGACGUCCUACUUCGGACGGAAUACAGUUCCGACAUGUCGCCGCACCUAUCCCCUCUCAUGGAGUGUUUCAGGAACGACCGUGUCCUAAUCACCCGGGGAAAUGGCUGGUGAUGGUCUGUACCACAUGUCGGGACGCGUUCGUCUGUCUCACGUGCAUCAACACGUCCCACACCAGUCACAUGUUUGUGGAGAUUGAAGAGUACUUAGACCUUAAGCGGCACCUCUUUUCAAGACUGAAGCAGGUUGCUGACACCAAACUCACAACGCUGAAGCAACGAUUAGAAAAAGCAAGAGACACCAAGAAGGAAAGUAAACAGAACAUGACCGAAUUAGGUGAUUAUAUAAAGAGUCGAGCAGACGAGAUGAAGAAGCAAAUUGAUCAAAUCUGUGAAGAUUAUACGAAACAAUGUCGUAAUAUCGGACAGAAAAACGAUGAUUUGCUUGGUCAUGUCGAAGACCGGAUGCAGCGCCAUUUUGAUGAUUUGUCCGAGGCAGCCGAUAAGUGUAAAGAGGUGUUAGAUCAAGAGAAGUAUCAAAAUCUUUUACACACGGAGAAAAAUCUUAAACAACAAAAUAGUCGACCAUAUGACCUUUUUCCAAACUUGCAAAGUAUGGGAAUUAUAAUGUCGGACAAAAUGACCCGGAUGAUGACACAGUUCGGGUAUAUGGACACUCCAAUCUGGAAACCAGACCAAGAAGGUCCGGGAAAGGACGAAUGGGGUUCAGAUGCUACAAACGACGCUGAGCCGUACAAAGUUAAGCUACUCGGGAGUUUCCAGAUGGAGUCUCAGAAGCAGGUCCUGUCGGUCUGCCCUAUCGACAAUACUUCCGCCUGGUUGAUUUGUACCGGCAGUAGCGAAGCUACACUCACCACAAACAAAGGCAACAUUACUGUACACAUGCGUGUGAAGCCUGGCGUGAAGCUAAACGAUAUCGUCUGCUCAGCAGAUCGAAGCAACGUUUUCUGUUGUGCCCAAUCAUCCGUAAGAAGUAUCCUUCCGGACGGAAAGUACAAAGUGCUGUUCCGAACGGAAGAUUACGCCAGCAGUCUCUGUGAGGCGAAAGAUGGUGGCAUCAUCGUUUGUCACGACGAUAAAGGCAAAAUGAUCCAUUACAACGGUCAUGGUGACGUCAUCAAGGUCAUCACGGAGGAUCUGGAUGGCUGGAAGCUCUUCUCCUGGCCAAGGAGGGUCAGAGUGAACCGGAAAAACGGAGACAUGGCUGUCAUCGAAGAAACCACGCCGAGACAUGUUGCUGUGAUGGAUAGCAAAAUGGACGAACUAUGCAGAUUCCAGGGAAUUCCGAAUUCUGGAAAGAGCGAGAAAUUGCAAGAGGAACAAAAUUUUCUACCGCGUGAUAUCUGCUUUGACCGGAACAAUGACAUCAUUAUCGCCGAUUAUGGUCACGGCUCAGUGAUCGUGAUAGACAGGGACGGACGACUCGUGCGGACGGUCUGGAGAGACGAGAUGCCACCCACGUGUGUAGGACUGCAACCCAAUGGGGACCUGUGGGUGGGCUUUCUUGACGGACAGGUCAAGGUUCUCAGAUACAUUGAACAUUGACCUUUAAACCAAGCAUCAAAGCUGUAUUGUGCCUCAGUAUUGUCAGGAUUUCAAAACGCCAUAUAAUUUUUGUAUGCUCAUACUAUAAAAGUUACAAUCGUUACUACCUAUAUUAUAAAAGGUUUAAAGAAAGAUAACUCGUGUGGGUUAAUUUAAGUUUCGCUUGCAAUUGGUUUUGUGAUGUAUACAAUGCAGGAAGUGUACUCAAUUGGCGUUUUGUCAUUUAUAUUUGAGAUUAAUGCCCUAUAA